AUGUCCACCGAUGACACCACUGCUACGACAACGAAAAAGCAACAACCCAUUGUACAGUACAUUGUGCUUCGCAGAGAUUUGGAUUGGCCGGCAGGGGCCAUGGCAGCCCAAGCAGCCCAUGCUUCCCUGGCAGCAGUGGCACAAGCACUGGAAGCCAAUCAUGAAGCAACCCAAACCUACAUUAGUCCUUCCAAUUUACCUCACAUGACCAAGUACGUCUAUGGAGUGGAUACUCUGCAAGAAUUGGAAGCAGUACGAGACAAAUGGAGUCAACAAGCCUUUGGAGAGCAGACAUUUCAUUGGUGGGUCGAACAACCGGAAAGUAUUCCAACCGCUUUUGCCACCUGGCCACUGGAGCGGACCAACAAAGUCAGCAAGGUAGUCAAGAGUAUGAAAUUAACAUUCUUUUAA